CUGCCGCCUCGGUAGCUGUCAUGGCGGCCCGGGCCACGUGACCGCGGCUCGGCGCAGGCCGCUCGGGCUCGGCCUCCCUCCCCUUCUCGUCCGCCGACUCGGAUCCUGCCUUUCUUCCCUCCGGAAGACGGCCGCACCGACUCCCGAGAAACCCGGAGACAGCUGGAGAAAAUGACACAUUGGUUUCAUAGGAACCCAUUAAAAGCCACAGCUCCCGUUGCUUUUAACUACUAUGGUGUAGCUGCUGGUCCUGCCGCUUCAAAAAUUUGCAGUGACUUGAGAUCAUCCAGAGCACGACUGCUCGAACUCUUCACUGAUUUGAGCUGUAAUCCAGAAAUGAUGAAGAAUGCAGCAGAUUCCUAUUUUUCACUUUUACAAGGUUUCAUAAAUUCAUUGGAUGAAUCUACCCAAGAGAGCAAGUUACGAUAUAUUCAAAAUUUCAAGUGGACUGAUACAUUACAAGGACAGGUUCCAAGUGCCCAGCAGGAUGCUGUUUUUGAAUUAAUUUCCAUGGGAUUUAAUGUAGCUUUAUGGUAUACCAAAUAUGCUUCAAGACUGGCUGGAAAAGAAAACAUAACAGAAGAUGAAGCAAAAGAAGUCCAUCGAAGCCUAAAAAUUGCAGCGGGGAUUUUUAAACAUUUAAAGGAAAGUCAGAUCCCAAAGCUUAUUACACCUGCAGAAAAGGGGAGGGACUUAGAGGCACGACUUCUAGAAGCUUAUGUUGUCCAGUGUCAGGCUGAAGCUCAAGAAGUAACAAUUGCUCGAGCCAUUGAACUGAAACAUGCUCCUGGGCUUAUUGCUGCCCUGGCAUAUGAAACUGCCAACUUCUAUCAAAAAGCUGAUCAUACUUUAUCCAGUUUGGAGCCUGCUUAUUCUGCUAAAUGGAGAAAAUAUCUUCACUUGAAAAUGUGUUUCUACACAGCUUAUGCUUACUGUUAUCAUGGUCAAACUUUGUUGGCUAGUGAUAAAUGUGGUGAAGCAAUCAGGUCUCUCCAAGAAGCAGAAAAAUUUUAUGCAAAGGCAGAAGCAUUGUGCAAAGAAUAUGGAGAAACCAAAGGACCUGGGCCAACAGUCAAACCUUCAGGACACUUAUUCUUUAGGAAACUUGGAAAUCUUGUGAAGAAUACCCUCGAGAAAUGUCAGAGAGAAAAUGGAUUUAUUUACUUUCAAAAAAUUCCAACAGAAGCCCCACAGCUGGAACUCAAAGCAAAUUAUGGUCUCGUAGAGCCAGUACCUUUUGAAUUUCCUCCUACAAGUGCACACUGGACACCAGACACACUGGCUGCAUUUGAUCUCACCAAAAGACCCAAGGAUGACAGUACCAAAUCCAAACCAGAAGAAACGGUGAAACCUGUGAAAGAGCCAGAUAUCAAACCUCAGAAGGACACAGGGUGCUCCAUCUCCUAAAGUACAUUGAUAAAAUGUGCACUUUGAAUUUCUCUACUAGUGGAUGAGAUAAACCGUGGAAGUUCAGUUCCUAUUUCUUGAAGUGUUUUGUCUGAAGCCUGUAGAAUGAUUUAGUACAUUCAGAGGGAAUCUGCCUUCAGUUUAUUUGUUCUUGAUUUUUAAUAUAGUAGAGAUGUCUCAUGCUUUGUUUCCAGACUCCUUUUCAAUCAGGACAACAUGUAAGGAUUUUAUUGUGCAUAUUAGGUUGAAGGGCAUAUUAGGUUGUUGGUUUUUGUCUCCGAACUCUGGGUAGAAAUAAGUUUUGGUUAAUGUAUUACAGGCCAGAAUCAUGUGGUUUCAGGUAUCUUUUUCUGUCUUCACACACAAAAGUUUAUCAUCUUUUGACACCAGAAGAAUGACAGGAGUUGGUUUUUCAGAGUUUUUCCCCCCUCACCAUUAUGUUGUCUCACAGACUUGUUAUGUUCUGAGUCCAUUAUCUUUUCUGGUGGGAAAAUCAUUUACAGUUAAGGAUCAGAAAAUCUUCAUACCAAAUUCCUUACAUAUGUAAGAAGCUAUAAUUUGUUCCAGUAUCACUGUUCAUAGGUAUUUUGAGGCCAUUUAGGAACUUACUCCAGGGGUGCCUGGCUGGUUCAGUGGGAGGGAGCAUGUGACUCUUGAUCGUGGGGUUCUGAGUUCAAGCGCCAUGUUGGACAUAGAGGUAACGUAGAUAAAUAAAUGAAUCUUAAAAAAAAAAAAAAAUACUCCUCUUCUGGUAGCCCUGCACUUUAUUUCAGUCUCAAUAAACAUAUAGUGAUUUUUACAGCUACCUUUCCUAAUGGGUUUUUUUCAUUUAGAGGACAGAACUUUGUGAUAGCUCUUAACACAGGAUGAAAAUGUUUUUGCAGAAGUGAGAUACUGCAUGAUGUGAAGAAGAAACUUUAAACCUAAAUGAGAUAGGUUGUCCUGAGUUACACUGGUAACUGCAUUUUGAUAACAGAAGUUAUGGUAAAAUGCCUUCGUUACCUGACUUCAGUGUGCAUUGUUUAUAUAUGGCUUUCUAAUAGAUAUGUAUACAUGUCCUAUCCUAAUCGUAUUGCUUUAGGCCAAAGGUCAUGACAAAAUAAGAGCAGACAUACAGUAUGAUCUAAAAACUGUACAAUCUGAAAUGAUUAGUUUAGCAUAUACAUGCAUUUGGGAAAUAGUGGAUGCAUAAUACUAUAACAAAAGUCACACACUUGUAGGUUUAUCUUUUGAUGAUUCUUCUGAGUGUUAUCUAAUUUUUCUAUCAUUUCCAAUCCUAACAGAUUGGUUCACUUAAUAGAGAUAAUAGUAGUAUAUAUUGGGAGCUUACUAUGUGCCAGGCCCUCUGCUAAACACAUAAGUAGAUAAACCAGGGAUCCCUGGGUGGCGCAGCGGUUUGGCGCCUGCCUUUGGCCCAGGGCGCGAUCCUGGGGACCCGGGAUCGAGUCCCACAUCAGGCUCCCAGUGCAUGGAGCCUGCUUCUCCCUCUGCCUGUGUCUCUGUCUCUGUCUGUCUCUCUCUCUCUCUCUCUGUGACUAUCAUAAAUUAAAAAAAAAAAAAAAAAAAAAAAAACCUGUUUAAGUAGAUAAACCAUUGAAUCUACACAGCAGCCCUGUGACAAAUAAGUAAAAUCUGCAUAAAGUGCUGAAAUAAACAUUUCAUGAUGAAUAAAUAGGGGCGCCUGGCUGGCUGAGUUUGGUGAAGCAUAUGACUCUUGAUCUUGGGGUCAUGAGUUCAAGUGCCACGUUGUCUAUAGAGAUUACAAAAAAAAAAUACACUUAAAAAAUAGAUUAUGCCUAACUGAAUCAAUAUUGUGUUCAAAUAAAUGAUCACUUAAAUCCUAGUUUUCACUCUUGAAAAUACAUAGAAUCAGUGAGGGUUUUUUUAAAAUGUAUGGAAAUGCUAGUUACCCCUUACUGUAUAACGUAUAAUAUUUGAAGCUGCGGAUUAUAAGUGAAAUAAUAACUGGACAGACAAUUAAUUUGUUUUGCUGUGUAUAGAAAAAUUUUAAUUAAAUUUCACCAUAUUUUGUGUGCUACUACAAAAUCAUUGGUUUGCUGUAUGCCAUUUACUGACAAAACUUUAAACGAUACUUGAUGCCAGCUUGUUGCUCUUGGCCUAUAGGACCUAUUUAUCUUGGAUACUAGUGUUUAUUAACCUAGUUCACUAAAGUUUCACAUUGACAUUUUUGUGACUUAUACUACCAUAUAUGGAAUGAAACCUUGUCAUAUGGUCAGUGCUUCUGUAAAAUGCAGGAAAUACUGGUAUUACUUUAAAUCAGUAAUUGGCAACUUGCCCCUGAGCAAGUAAUAGUAUGUUGACUCAGCAUAAGUGACGCUUUGUGACUAGAAUCCCCCAGUAUUUGUCAUAUUCUUUAAAAUGGUGUUGGAAAUUUUGGGAAGUUAACAAAUGUAAAGCAGUUGCAUGAAGGCUGUAGAGGAAUGUAACUUUGUGUUAACUAUGCAUACAUUUCAUACUUCGUUUGAACUGGAUAAUGACAGCUAACAUAACUCUGCUAAAAGUGGUGUUUGUAUAAUGAAUUAUCUUUUUAUUUAUGAAAAUAAAUCUUAAUUUUACUUACAGUUUCA